AUGAGGAGCAUUAUUUACUUAACUCUACCACAGUUGGCCUGUCUUUUGGCCGUGUGUGCGAGCUACACUCUGCGGAACUCUGUCUCCUGGGCGGUCUCCUCCAAAGAUGUGGUGGAGGACGCCGACCUAUCGGAGGAGGUCGCCCCGGCCUUGCUGGUGGACGGCGGUGGGCUGUGGAAGCAGGCGUACCCGGCAGGCGGAGAGGAGAGUCCCGGGGAGCGAAUGAAGCCCGAGGGCGACUCCAGUCCGGCGCAGGGCUCCGCUCGCCUCUUCUCUUAUCGGACGGAGAAGGUGACUGUGGCGGGCAGCGGUCCUCCCCCGCACCAGGAAACCGCAAGAACAGCCAGAUACAUUGCUCAUAGCAGCGACUGGGGUACCCUGGCCACCAUUUCUAGCCAAGACAAGAUUAAGGGUCUUCCUUUUGGGAACAUUUUCUCCAUAAGUGAUGGACCAAUGGACAACAGCACAGGGGUCAUCUACUUUUAUGUGACACCCAUGGAUAAUACUGUGUCCGACCUGAAAAUGAACCCCUACGCUUCCAUCACUUUCUCAGAGGCUGAGGGGGAUUUCUGUAGACAAAUGGUGUAUGAUCCAGAAGACCCCAGAUGUGCGCGUCUCACGCUAACUGGCAAAAUGAUGGCGGUCGGCCCAGAAGAGCUCGCCUUCGCCAAAGAGGCCAUGUUUUCCAGGCAUCCUGUGAUGGCAAAGUGGCCUGUGGGACACAAGUGGUUCUUCAUGAAGCUGGAGCUGAUCCAAGUGUGGCUACAGGACUGGAUCGGAGGCACGUCACUCAUUCCGCUGGAGGAGUACUUUAAAGCAACCCCCUACUAA